AUGGAUAUGAGCUCAAUGACAAUGGAAAUGGCCACUUCGACGGGCAGUUCCAUGCCCAUGUCAACUUCCAGCUCCAGCUCUAUGGCUAUGGACAUGGAGCAAAUGAACAUGGUAUUUUUCACUUCCACAACGACGCUACUUUGGACAAAGUCCUUCGCCCCCGAAACGACUGGACAAUAUUCCGGUGUUUGCAUUUUCCUCAUCGCAUUUGCCAGUAUUUUGCGCAUGCUGCUUGCGUUACGCGUCAACUUUUACAGCAUCAGGGAUGGUCUCAGACGCAGGCGAACGAAAGGUCUACUAGUGGCGUCCCGGACUAGUGACAUUGAGAAUCGGCCGUGGAGAGCGAACGAGGCUAUGAUGCUGGGAGCGAUAGAUGUUUUAAUUGCGGGUGUGAGCUAUCUACUCAUGCUCGCAGUGAUGACUAUGAAUGUUGGCUAUUUCCUCUCAAUAUUGGCCGGGGUGUUUGUCGGAAGCGUUUGCUGCAGUCGCUUUUCAGUAAACUUGAGUCUACAUUAG